AUGCACUUCUUCCAAACUCGUCAGUCGGAUACUUUUACCGACGGGUUCUCCCCCUCACAUGUCUCCGAGUUGGAACCUCAGAGUGCCAAGGUUCUUCUCGAUAGGUUCUUUGCCCAUACCCACGUAAAGAACCCGGUGCUAGACGAGGUCCACACGCGGCAGCUAGUUUCCCGCCUAGCACUCCAUGGUAUUGACUGGUCCCCACAAUCAUGUCUGGCAUUGUUAGUCUGUGCCUUAGGAUCCUUAGCCGCCCCAAUAGUCGGCAAUGAGGACACAAGAUAUGAUGUUACACCUGGUUCACACCAAUAUCAAACCGCCCAGUCUUUCUUCCAUGCGGCGCAAAAACGGUUAGGCAUAUGCUUAACUAAUGGCGACAUAAUCUCAACUCAGUGCCUAUUUCUCUCUGGAGUAUACAUGAUUACCAUAUUUCGCCCCAUAGAAGCAUGGCGACUCUUCUUACAAGCCCUCUCAAACUGCCAAACUCUUGACUUUCUAACAAGAGAAAAUUCUAACCGGGUUGUAACCGUAUCCUAUAACACAGCAAGCCCUUCAACGCCUCACACAACCCUUACAACGACUUCGACAGAUAGUCAAACACGUUAUGGAAACCAGACCCUUGAACAGGCAAUAUACUGGUCUGCCUGGAAAUCUGAAAUGGAGAUGCGCUCCGAACUCCAGCCACAAGAUUUCAAACUCCCAAACACUCAAAAACUGACUUACCCGCCAUUCCUUCCUUCUCCACCAAAUAUUAGUGACCAAGACACUAGUAUAGACGGACUUACACUCUCUGAGCAAAGGGGCUGGUUUUUCUAUUUAUCCGAGAUCUCGCUAAGAAGAUUGGUAUCGAGGAUUAAACGAGAAAUACUAGCAUUUGGGGACCUAUGUAAAGAAGGCGUGGAUACGCUGUCGUUACUUUCUAGAUCGGUUGAAGAGUAUGAACUACAAGCCAAAGCCUGGUACGAUGCACUGCCUGAAGCAGUACGAUUUGAUGACUUACCGGUAACGGAUGAUAUAUGCAAAUUUGUAUUACGGGGCCAUUACAACAAUCUAUUUGAGAUGAUUUACUGGCCAUUUGUGGACGCAGCGGUACAUUGUGGGUCUCAAGGGAAAGUGCCUGGCCCAAACGACGAAGUCACUCAAGAGGAGAGUCGAUUUUCAGAUUUAGCCUAUAAGGGAUUGGAAAAACACGUGGAAAGAAUUAGGAAUGAUCGUUGUGGAUAUCGCCACCAACACCAUGGGACACUACCGAUGAUUAGAAGUAGUACGAGAAGUGCACUAGUCCUUAUGGCUGCUUCAUUUACGUUAGCAGAGAAGAGCGAUGGGACUACAGAGUGCAACUUCGAUUCAAGAUUUUCCGGGUUGAGAAUGCCGGAUGGCUGGCAGGAGGCAGUUUACGAUGUUGUGGAGAUGAAUAGGUUUUGGCGAGAUGAGGCGGCUGAUGUAAAAUGGAGAAUUGGUAUUCUAGAAAGGGCUUUUCAAAGGGCACAAAGCUAUUAUAAUGGGGGUGUGGAAGUUGAUGAGGAAGGAAUCUGUUCAAUGUCCGAAUGUUAUCGAUUCUGUAGUAGAUAA